UGGAAACCAUCAAGUCGUGAUCGUGCUCUACGAUUGGGACUGGACAGCUUCCUGGAGCCAUUUUUCAGCUGCCGGCCGCAGCACCCGGGCUGCCGCCACCGCCUCGCAAUCCGUUGCAUCGGCCGCCCCUGACGCUUCCAUCCCCCCUCGGGGCCCGAUAUCCGUGCGGCCGGGACCCUCCUCUCUCCAGAGCCCCGAUUAUUUUUGGCCCCCGGGGCUGGUGCGGUGCCGAAAAAUAAAAAGAAAAGAGAGAGAAGGGGCUCGGAAGCGCCGGGCGGGGAGGAGAGAAGGAGAGACUUGGAAACUCCGACUGCAAAUAAUAAAGAAAUUGAAAAAAUACAUUAAUAUAACGUAGCAAUAAAAACCGCAGGAGCGAGAGAUGAGAAGGGGGAUCCAGCCCGCCCUGGAGCAGUACCUGGUGACCGCCGGGGGUGGGGAGGGGGCGGCUAUCGUCGCCGCCGCUGCUGCAGCCUCCAUGGACAAAAGGGCACUGCUAGCCAGCCCCGGCUUCCCCGCCGCCACCACCGCCGCUGCCUCCGCCGCCGCCCCGGGCGCGUACAUCCAGAUCCUCACCACGAACACUUCCACCACCUCCUGUUCCUCCUCCCUCCAAAGCGGCGCCGUCGCCGCGGGCCCCAUCCUCCCCAGUGCCCCCGGCGCGGAGCAGACCGCCGGCAGCCUCCUCUACACCACGCCGCACGGACCCUCCAGCAGAACCGGGCUGCUGCAGCAGGCACCAGCGCUAGGACGUGGCGGCAGCGGCGGUGGCGGCCCUCCGGCCAAGCGAAGGCUGGAGCUAGGAGAAAGCGGUCAUCAGUACCUCUCAGAUGGUUUAAAAACCCCGAAGGGCAAAGGGAGAGCUGCACUGCGAAGUCCGGACAGUCCCAAAACUCCAAAAUCUCCCUCAGAAAAAACACGGUAUGAUACAUCCCUUGGUCUACUCACCAAGAAGUUCAUUCAGCUGCUGAGCCAGUCACCUGAUGGGGUCUUGGAUUUGAACAAGGCAGCAGAGGUGCUGAAAGUGCAAAAGAGAAGGAUUUAUGAUAUCACCAACGUCCUGGAAGGCAUCCAUCUGAUUAAGAAGAAGUCUAAAAACAACGUGCAAUGGAUGGGCUGCAGUCUGUCUGAGGAUGGGGGCAUGCUGGCCCAGUGUCAAGGCCUGUCAAAGGAAGUGACCGAGCUCAGUCAGGAAGAGAAGAAAUUAGAUGAACUGAUCCAAAGCUGCACCCUGGACCUCAAACUGUUAACCGAGGAUUCAGAGAAUCAAAGGUUAGCUUAUGUUACAUAUCAAGAUAUCCGAAAAAUUAGUGGCCUUAAAGACCAAACUGUCAUAGUUGUGAAAGCCCCUCCAGAAACAAGACUUGAAGUGCCUGACCCAUUAGAGAGCCUACAAAUACACUUGGCAAGCACCCAAGGACCCAUUGAGGUUUACUUAUGUCCAGAAGAGACUGAAACACACAGUCCAGUGAAAACAAACACCCAAGACCACAAUGGGAAUAUUCCUAAACCCACUUCCAAAGACUUGGCUUCAACCAACUCAGGACAUAGUGAUUGCUCUAUUUCUAUGGCAAACCUUUCUCCUUUGGCCUCCCCCACCAACCUUUUACAGCAGACUGAGGACCAAAUUCCUUCCAACCUAGAAGGGCCAUUUGUGAACUUGCUGCCUCCCCUGCUCCAAGAAGACUAUCUCCUAAGUCUUGGGGAGGAAGAAGGCAUCAGUGAUCUCUUUGAUGCUUAUGAUUUGGAAAAGCUCCCACUGGUGGAAGACUUUAUGUGUAGUUGAUUAUGCUUUGUGAACUCCCCUUAUAAACCAAUAUUUUUUUAUUAUGGAACCAGAACACCUGUCAUGCAGUGUUGUCCCUUCCUAUCUUCUUCCUCCAAGAUAGUAUCAUGAAGUAAACUACAAACUUCAGAACAAAGCUGACAUUUUAAUGAUUUUUGUUUUUUAAUAAUAAAUUGUCUAAACGCACAGUUGCAGGCUCCCUUGGGAAAACCCUGCUUUUCCCCAGGCUCCAAAAUCUGGAUGAGUCAGCAAGUGAGAAAAUGUGCAAUCAGGUGUCUCUCACCCAUACUUUUCCUCCCUCCCACCCUUCCUCCCUCCCGGAUUGGCUUGCUGUGCCUGACGGAUGGGCUGUAGAAUGGGGUCUGGCCACCUGGCCCACUGGAAUACAGCAAUCUUCCUUAAUAGCAUUUCAAGCCGUGCCUUCUCUGCAGAAUGCAUGUCUUUGGGGUCUGCUAAUAUGGAAUGGAACUGCAGGAACUGUAAACUUGAAGUCAUGCAAAAGUAUGAAAUGAAUUUCUUCAGUUCUUCUUAGGAAUAUUUAAAUUACUGUCAUAAUUCAGUGUAAGCUAUGGACUGUGUGUCCCACACUAGAAGGUCAAGGGAACCUCCACAGCCUUUCGGAUGAAGAACCUGUUUUCAAAUACUUGUUGCAGAUACAGAAGAAUAGUCAAGUUCUGCCACUCUAAGCUGUUGUGGAUUUUCCUGUCUCCAUAAACCACUCCCACUCCCCUGCCCCCAAUGUGUUUGUGAGUUUAAAGUUGAUUUUUAGCAAAUGCCUACUUAAGAGUUCUUUGUGGAUUGUUUUAAAGUUGUUGUUGUUUUUUUUUUAGCUGCCAUUUAAGCAUUCCUGUGGCACCCAUCACCAUUUCGAUUGUUUACUUUCAAGAAGUUUUUACUAAUUCAAAUUAUUUAAGCAGAGGUGGAGAACCUCUCUGAUCAGAGCAUGUAAACCUGUGAUCUAAGGUUUAAUAGCCUCUGCGAGAAGCAUUGCCCCAUCUGGCUUCCUUCCAUGGAGGGAGAGCUUGGAGCGAGUUGGUCUUGGAGCUCGCUGACAUGGGUGGCCCAUUUGAAAGGAGAACCAGGUCAGAUGACAUAGCAAUCCCGAGGAGCAGCAGGUGUGGAUCCCUCUGUCCUUGGGCUUCCCCGGGCCCCACGACCCGGGAAAGGGCUCUCUUACACUGCACUCAGGGAGACCACUUCUCAGGAUGGGGUCAGAUGGAGAGGCCUCUAGGGAGAAAGACAUCCCAUUGUGUGAGCAGCAUCCUAUCAGUGGCAUUUACUCAAGCUGGUGAGAACAGGGAGCUCCCACUUUGGGGGGGGCUGCCAUACCCCUGGCCAGAACCCCUCCCCCUUCCUCUAUGAAGGAUUAAGUUGGACCAAGGGAAGUGCGGACGUGGAAAAUGAAGUGAUAGAAUGCCAGGGUGUUUCCCCACUUUACUCUUCAGGAAUGGUAUCCCAAGUUGGAGGCUUCAUGUGAGCUGCAAAUCCCACCAGUUAUGUCCAAGAUAGGCUCUCCCAUUGGUUAGGGAAGAUGGCCAUUGCCCACCAGGAACGUGACACAGUACCUCAAAUCCAUUCCUUGGAUGCUAACGGGAAUGAGGGAGUCUUAUAAAAAAAAAACAAACAAAUUGAAAUGCUGUGUGCCUGGCGCAGUGGUAGGCACAUAGUAGGCACUCGAUUCAUGUGUAUAAUUGAACUGAGAAUAUCCCUUAGGAAAAAUACAAAACACAAAACCACAAACUCUAGGUAGAUUUCCACAAUAUGCAAAGUGGUGGUGGGGUCAAAACCAUGACACCAGCACUUUAAAUGAUUUGUGUAGGUAUGUGUGAGUGUGUGUUUGGGAAGAAAAACAAAGGUGCAGAUUACCCUCCUUUUUCUUCUGCCUCCAUCCCCAGCCUCCUCCCCUCACACACACUGGACUUGGUACAAAUAUCAUGUGGUCCGAGA